AACUGAAAGCAAACACAUAAAAGAAAGUGGCACCACUGACCCACCGACAGUCCGGACUAAAUUUCACCUUUUUAGAAUGACGUCUCAGAGUUUAGUCAGCAGAGCCAGUUUUCGUGAUGGGUCUGUCGCCCAACCGGAGCUCCUAACUCCUCAGACGCAAGAGAGUAAAAUCAUAGAUAAAUUUUACCCGUCCGCCGGCUUUUCUACUUCGGGGUAUCGGUGCACCAAGUACUCCCCGGAGGAGUGGACCGAGAACAACGACGCGCUGCUUCUCCAGGCGGCAAAUGAUCGCGACGAGGCGCAAAAGGUGCGGCAUGAGUCCAAAGAAACGCAGAUGGAGACGGAGUCUGUCACGCUGCGCCGCCAGGCGGACGGGACGCGGCACCUCGGCCACAGGCUGCAGGACAUCCACUUCUGGAAGUCGGAGCUGCAGCAGCACAUUGACCAAACGGCAGCCGCGACCGGCUCACUGGUGGCCCUGAAGCGCCGACUGGAGAAGGCGCUGGAUGCCAGCGAAACGCCCUUCAGGAUCGCUGCUGAUAACCUGGCUUGGCGUGAGCGCCGACUUGGUCCCGACCUGGUGAAGGACAACGUGGACGAGGAGCUGCUGAAGGUGCAGUCUGACAGAGGGAGGCGACACCCAGCCGUUUGGGCUUUAAUUUCAGAGGUAGAACUUAUCAGAAACGUCCAGUCUCUUCUGAGAAGAACACUGACUCAAACCAUCGACCAAAUACGGGCCAACCGGGAGGCCAAGAAGACUCUGGAGCUGGACUGGUCAGACAAGCGCCAGGCGUACAGCACAGACGACCAGUGCGGCCGAUACACCAACGGCAGCCAGGACACUCAGCAGCACCUCAGCUCCGCUAAGCUCCAGCUGCAUGUGUCAGACCGUGUGACCUGGGCCAGGUUCACGCAGGACAACCUGGCGCAGGCGCAGCGGGAGCUGCGGGCCUCGGCGGAGCUGCAGCUGCUGUGCGAGCGCGUGCUGCAGGAGACCGCCGAGGACCUGCAGGCCCAGUGUGCCGCUGUGGAUGCCGCCUUUGCCCACCGCUGCCAGGAAGUGUCCGAGGCCAAAGUGGCGAUGGAGCUGCACCUGACCCAGAUCCUGGAGCAGAUCGGGGCCCAGGAGCGAAACAUUGCCAUGCUACAGCAGGCCCUGCGAGACAAAGAGGCGCCCCAGCGGGUCACCCAGACCCGGCUGCACCAGCGGGCCCAGAGGCCCAACGUGGAGCUGUGCCAAGACGAACCCCAGCUCAGUCUGGUCGCCGAAGCAGGUGAGAUUGAGUGCGCUGUGGAGUCACUGCAGCGACGGCUGGCCGAGUCACAGCGGUCACUGCGCCACCUGGAGGACACACGCAUGGCACUGGAGAAGGCCACUGCGACCAAGACGCACAGUCUGCUGGUGGACCGGGACCGCUACCCGACCGCCAGCACGCUGGCCGGAUACUGAUCCCCGCAACAGGCUCACUCUCUCCCUCUAACACUCCUUGUAACACUCUCUCACUCCCUCUGUGUUUUUUCACUCUCCCUCAUGCUCUGGCCACUCCCCCAUGAACAGCUCUGUCCGCAUCUCUCAGUGAUUCCUCCUUUUCCUUUGCUGUAGAAUUCCCAUGUUUUCCAGUCAAGCCCUCCGGCUCUUUUUUUGUUCUUAUUUGAUUGUUUGCUACUUUUCAUCAAAUCAGUCUUAAUUCAAAAGUAUUAAAACCGCUCUGGCAUUAAAAGGUACGGAGCAGUGUAGGUGUGGCAGGACAGCUGAGGACACCUACGGCGUGUCCAGCACUGUCCAUUUAAGCCUUUAAACAGGGUGUUCUGACACAUUGGGUCUCACAAGAAGGAUUUGUCAUGUAAUCGCUUGCUUGACUUUGCGUCUUUUACGUUGACUUUGGUAAUGAGAAACUCUGCUCUGUGUGUUUCAUGCUUUUAUGUGUCAUUAAACAGAGAGCACUGCUCUGCAUCAGA